AUGAGUAAACGGAAAAAUCCAUCUAACAGCAACAAUUUAAAUGCAGACUUCUGUGAAUUCCUAUCAGAGUUAGCAGAAUACGAAAAGAAUGUCAGCCGUAACAUUCAUAAGUACAAUGCUUAUAGAAAAGCGGCUAGUGUAUUAGCUUCUCAUAGUAAAAGAAUUAAAUCUGGAGAAGAAGCUAAGAAAUUAAAUGGCAUUGGUGAUAAGAUAUCUUUGAAAAUAGACGAGUUCUUACAAACUGGAAAAUUGAGGAAAUUGGAAAAUAUACAUAACGAUAACAAAACACAAGCAAUAACUUUAUUAGCACGCGUCUCAGGUAUUGGACCAGUAAAGGCGGCGGAAUUAGUUAACAGUGGAAUAAUGACGAUAGAAGAAUUAAAACAACAUAAAAAUAAAUUAACACAUCAUCAACUUAUUGGUUUGAAGUAUUUUGAAGACUUUGAAAAGAAGAUACCAAGGUCAGAGAUCAAAGAAGUAGAAACUAUAAUGAAGAGAGUUAUCUCUGAUCUAGAUCCGGAGUUUACGGUAACAAUAUGUGGUAGUUUUAGGCGUGGUAAAUCAGAAAGUGGCGAUAUUGACGCAUUAGUAACUCAUACCUCACUGAGGGCAUCAAAGGAUCACAAGAAACAAGGCGAAUUACUUCUUAACAAAAUCAUUAACGCUUUAGAAGUACUAAUCACUGAAACAAUAUCGAAAGGAAAUACGAAAUUUAUGGGUGUAUGUAGACUAUCCCCCGAGCAUUCAUCCAGACGUCUGGAUAUAAGGCUCAUUGCAAACGAGCAGUAUUAUUGUGCAGUGCUUUAUUUUACUGGGAGCGAUGUGUUUAAUAAGGAAAUGCGUGCGCAUGCAUUGGAAAAGGGAUUUACACUGAAUGAAUAUUCGCUAAGACCUAUUGGAGAGACUGGUGUUCCAGGUGAGCCAAUCGAUCUCACAUCAGAGGAAGACAUAUUCGACUACAUCGAUUACCCAUAUAAAAAGCCCGAAGAAAGGAAUUUGUAA